AUGCGUCUUGCAACUGCAUCUUUGGCCUUGCUUCCGGCCGUGGCCCAAGCAUUGAAUAUCGUUUCCGCUAAUGAUGAUGGAUGGGCUGAAAUGAACAUUCGAACUUUAUACACUGCUCUGACUAACGCGGGGCAUGAUGUUCUCGUUUCUGCUCCUGCAGAAAACAAGAGUGGUUCUGGUUCUCUAACUGGUACACCUACCAAACUUACCGAGGCAUGCGAAUUCAAUUCUUGCCCGAGUGGUAGUCCAGCGGUGGGAUACAAUGCCUCAGCACCUCAAUUCAACUACGUCAACUCUUACCCUGCGGAGGCAAUGAAUUAUGGAAUUACAACCUUAUCUCCCGGGUAUUUCGGAGGCGCGCCUGACCUUGCUGUUACUGGUCCAAACGUUGGCGUAAACACCGGUGUUAUAUCGUUCAUCUCUGGUACAGUUGGAGCGGCCGUUGAGGCAGUUGGUCUGGGCAUACCGGCGAUUGCUUUCAGUGGAGCCGAAGGAUCCGCAAUAGGUUGGGACGUUGCUGUACCUGCAUAUUCUACCAUCUACGGCGAAUUAUCCGCGAUCGUAGUUGACGCCCUCACCGCUUCUAACACUCCAUACCUCCCAGACAAGACUUUCUUGAACGUCAAUUUCCCUAAAACUGCCGGUUGCACCUCGGUUUCUGAUUACAGCUUCGUCCUGUCCAGAAUCUACAGUGCCGUUGCUGGAGUCAGUGGUACCGAUGUCGUUACUUGCAACAAUGGAGGUAGACUUCCUACCGAGACUACUGUUGUUGGAACGUCUGGAUGCUAUGCCAGUAUCAGUCUUGGUGGAACCAACAAGAGGGAUGCUAGUGCUGCCAACCAAGCGAUUGUUUUGGAGAAACUCUCGAGCAUUCUCACCUGUUUACCUUGA